UCUUGGACACAAAAAGUCAGUAGGUUGAAGUUGUAGUAGCCCGGACGUGUAGCUCUUGAGGGGCUAUGACAACCCAAAGGCUCUCACCGUCCUCCAAAACUCCGAAACCAAUUUCUCUGCUGCUAACAAGUGCAAAUGGGUUCCUACUUACAGUUGAUUUCUCUAGUUUGUGAUUGUGAACUGGUGAUAGCAAAAACCGUGACAUUUUCUCAGGACGUAAGUGUGAACUCUUAUCAAAUGUGAUUGUCAAUACAGUGUUGAUGAAGAGAAACCAUUUGUGAUUUCUAUGGAAAUAUCAUUACCUUUUCUAAAAUAUUGUUGCGUUAGAAUGUGCUAUGACUUUGCACCGCCCAGACACCUAAAUAAGUCUCUGGCCUGUGUGACAGCAUAAACACUGUAACUCUGGCGUUCACAGAAGGCAGAAGACGCAGAGCCGUGGGAGCGCGAUGUGGGGCCGGGCGGUGCUGGUGGUGUUAGCCGCCGUUGUCGCCGCGUGCGGCCCCAUGGCUGGCCAGCAGCAACAGCAGCUGCCGCACCUCGGCGGUGCCAUCAACCUCUUCAGUCGCUAUGGGUACCUGAGCAUCAGCAUGCGUGUGGUGCCGCGGGAAGACAAGGAUCUCACCUGGAUCUUCCGGGAGCCCACUGUGGACAUCUUCAGGGACAUUUCGCUCCAAGAGUCUGUAGAGACCUUCAGCGACGUGACGACUUCUGGGGCCCACGUGUUCGAAGGUGACUUCCACAUGGAGUUCUGCGACAACCUGAAGCAACUUCUACAGGCCUACUUCCGCGACUUUACUGUCGAGAGACUGGACAGGCCAUGGCGCGCUUUCACGGCCAGUUGGAGUCGCAAUGCAUUGGCUCGGCACAUGGGCAUCAACUCAUCUUACGUCACUGGACAACAUUGUUACGUACUGGUGAGGGUGGCCCGCCACAGAGUGUCCGCCAAACUGGGGCCGAAGGACCCGAAGCUGGAGCCGGAGGAGGUCGUGGAGCAGGAAGUCGAGAAGGUGAAAGUCGGCGACGCUCCCAGCGUCAAUGAGUUUGUCCGGAGCUAUGGAUCUCAUUACAUCGCAUCCUACGUGACUGGGAACUCGCUCUAUCAGGUAUUUGUGUAUACUCCUCCCAUCUACCGGACCAUCAAGGAUCGUUUCAAGACAAGAGGAAUAACAGAUCUGUCCAAUGUGGAGUUGGCCAGCUAUUUCUCACCAUGGAGUGCAGAACAUAUAGGAAAGAUCCAAGUUGCAAGUGGGAAUGCUACAGUAGAGGGGUGGGCAACAGAACACCUUCGAAUAAACUUUUAUUUAUUCACGUACAACAGUUUGUUGAAAUUACAUGAAAAUGCAAGCUUACUGAGAAAAUUGGACAGUUUAUUACGAAAUGAGGCAUUACUGCAGCUAAACCUCAGGACGCUUUCACCAGCAUUUAAAGAUUCUGUCAAGCGGGAGUGGUUCCAUGAAGUGAUGGAUAAUAACCUGAAGCUGUGGGAAGUUAAUUUGUGAAGUAGAAGAACCCUUGAUCUCAUGCCACAUGAUACCAGAGUGUGGGAAGUGCCUCAACUCAUGACUACUUAAAAAAGAGUUUGAAUGUAAAGCUUCAAAGAGUACAGUGGAAAUAAUCAGUUCACUUUUCCAGCUAGUAUGAUCUUUGCUAUUUUAGUCAGAAAUUGCAACUGUCACAUGUCAAUGAAGGCAAUGUAAUUUAUACCAGUGCUUACUGAAUUAGUCAGCCACACUCAGAACUGAUCAAAGUGUUCUGAUGUUCCAUAGUUACUACUGACAAUGGCAAUAGAUUAUUUUUUUCUACCUUGCCAUUUUGGAAAGGUGACAAGAAAAGGAGUAGCCAGGGAGCAUCUCAUGUAACAACUGGAACAUGAAUCAUAAAUGCUUGGUUUUCCAGUGAUAUUAUAAGGAUCCUAUUCAUAAUAAUAUUAACUAUUUAUGAUUUAAACUAGGAGGAUGACAUGUUCCCAUCAUGGAAAUCGCUUCACGGAAAUGAGAUAGCAUCCUAUAUUGUGUUCACAAUAGCAUGAAGACAGGCUUUCUGCUUUUAAUAAUAUUCAUCUUUACAGCAGUGUGGAAAUUAUUUCCUUCCUGUGAAGAACUUGUGUGGUUAUAUCUUUGUUGGGUGCUCAAAUUACUGGCAGUCAGGGAAUUAUUAAUAUACAGAUAUUCCUGUACUGAAGUGUGCCAUAGAAUUUGUAAGAACCAAAGAAAGGUAAUAUAAGUGAUAGGUAUGUGUGUUUCACAGAUAAGACUACUUAUUCAGACCUGGAGUGAUACAUGUCUCUAUUGAGAACUUUCAGCAGAUGAAGAUCAUGCUGUUCGUUACACUGACAUGCCGACACCUUGUGUUCGUGUGCUGGAUGAAGAGUGACACAGCCAAUAUCAAGAAUGAUAUCAACAAAAAGUAUAAAUUAUUAGUUGUGUGUGUAAAGUAUGGUGGAUUGUGUAGUGUGAAGAACACAAUGGUCAAAGUGAAUGACUGCAUAAAUUUACAUGUUCAGACAUUUAUAAAAUAUAUUGGUACAAAAUGGAAGAAAUAGAAGAGGCUGUAAAUAAGGAGAAUAAAAGUAUAAUAUUGGAA